GCAUAUACAGUAAACAGGGUUCUUGUGUGCAGUGACAUUGCUUUCUUUGCUGAUUACAGGUCUGUAAAUCUUCAGUGAACUCUGCAGGAACUGAGUAACAUGACGACAGCUAUGCCAGCCUACAUCAGCUCAAAACUGAAAGUGUUGCUGUGCAUUUAAGUCUAGCUUCGGACAGAGGAUGUUCACACAACAACAGGACUGGCUGAUCACAUGAUCCGAAUGGAGAACAGACAUGGCGCAUGUCCCAGUGCUGCUGUUGGAUACUUUAGAGGAGCUGGUUGACAAAGAGCUUAGGACCUUCCAGUGGUUUCUUUACAGUAAUGUUCUUGAAGGAUUCCCUCACAUUCCAAAGUCUCGGGUUGAUGGAGUAGACAGGCCGGGCAUCGUGGAUCAUUUGGUGCAGACCUAUGGCUAUGAUGAUGCUGUUUCUGUCACAGUGGACAUACUGACGAGGAUGAAGCUAAAACUGUGGGCUGAAAAACUAAAAAAGAAGUAUGAUGAAGUUCCCAGCAAUCAAAUAGGCAAAGAAAUCAACCACCAUGCAAUCCAAGACAAGCUGAAAUCCACCCUGAGGGAAAAGUACCAAAACUUUUAUGAGGGAAAUGCAGAUGAAGGGGACACUGUCUACCUUAACAAAAUCUACACUGAACUGCAUGUGAUUGAAGGAGCCUGGGGAACUUUCAGUGAGGAACAUGAAGUCAGACAGCAGAGGUGCAGCCACGUGUCAACAGAGGAAACCUCAAUUAAAGUUAGCAACAUUUUCAAACCCAAGCCCGACCAAGAGAAGCGAAUCAGAACUGUGCUUACCCAGGGUAUCCCUGGUGUGGGUAAAACUGUCUGUGUACGGAAGUUUACCCUGAGCUGGGCAGAAGGAGAGGAAAAUCAGGACAUCGCCUUCCUCUUCCCACUCCCUUUCCGUGAGCUUAAUCCCAACAUAGAUGAGAAAGAUUACAGUCUGAUGCAGCUGCUCCAUCAGUUCUUCCCUGAGAUGAAACCUCUUGAGGCGCUGGGAACAGAAUGCAAAGUCUUGUUCAUCUUUGACGGCCUCGAUGAGACUCUCCUGCCUUUGAACUUCAAGCACAACAAGGUCUUGAGAGAUGAGACAGAGCCAGCUUCACUGGAUGUGCUGAUCACAAACCUCAUCACGGGAGAUCUGCUUGGGAACGCCCUCAUCUGGAUCACCUCCAGACCUGCAGCAAUCAGCCGUAUUCCUCGAAAACACAUCCAUCAGUGGACGGAAGUCAAGGGCUUUGCUGGUGAACAGAGGGAGGAGUAUUUCAAGAGGCAUGUGCAUGAUGAUAACCUGGCCAUUAGAAUCAUCAGCCAUGUGAAGUCAUCACGAAGCCUCUACAUCAUGUGUCAAAUACCGGUUUUCUGCUGGAUCACAGUCACUGUGAUGAAGAAAAUGUUGCGUGACAACUUGACAGGAGGCAUGCCCAACACCCUGACCGAGAUGUAUGUGUAUCUUCUUCUCUGCCAGACAGACAGGAUGAUAGAAGGACACUACCCAAUGGGAAGUGACAAUGUUGUUUUGAAGCUAGCAGAGCUGGCAUACCGCCAACUAGAGAAGGGUAAGUUGAUCUUUUACGAAGCUGACCUGAAAGAGUGUGGCAUGGAUGUCAAAGAGGCGACUAUCUACUCAGGAGUUUGCACUGAGGUAUUUGUGAUGGAGGGCAGGAGGAGGCGAGAAGUUUUUAGCUUCGUACAUUUGACAGUUCAGGAGUUUCUGGCAGCUGUGUACGCCCAUCACUCCUACAUGCAAAGAAAGGAUAAUGUUAUUCUUGGAUACUUGAAAAGGAUGUCUACAAGAUGGCUCCCCAAGUCUGUAUUCAAUUUUCACAAAACGGCCAUUGAAAAAGCUUCGGAGAGCAAGGAUGGCCGCUGGGACCUCUUCCUUCGCUUUCUCCUGGGACUGUCGCUGAAGUCAAACCAGGAGCUCCUGGGUAGAAUACUGCACUUAGAGAUGGAUGGAGAGGAGGAUGUGGCAAGAACCAUCCAGUUUAUCAAGGAGAGGAUCAAAGAGGAACCAGAGGCCAAACUCAACCUGUUCCACUGCCUUAGUGAGCUCAAAGAGGAGUCUGUGGUGCGGGAGAUCCAGAGCUUUGUGAGUUCAGGGAACCUUGCAGCCAAAAAACUGUCUCCGGUUCAGUGGUCUGCACUCACAUUUGAACUGAUGACAUCAGAGGCAACAGAGGAAGAGUUCGACUUGAAGAAGUACAUAAGAUCAGAAGAAGGAGUAGUGAAGCUGCUGCCUGUCAUUACUUCCUCCACUCGUGCUCUGUUAAAUCGCUGCAACCUCACUGAGAACUGCUGUGAACUCUUGGCCUCUGCACUGAGCUCAACCUCCUCUCAUCUGACAGAGCUAGACCUGAGUGACAACAGCCUGAAGGAUUCAGGGGUGAAGCUGCUUUCUGAUGGAUUAGGAAGUCCACAUAGUAAAUUGAAGAGGUUGAGAUUGCAUAAGUGUAACCUGGAAGGAGACUGCUGUGAAGUACUGGCUGGUGCUCUCAGCACAGAGUCUACCCAACUCAUAGAACUGGACCUGAGUGCUAAUGACUUCCAGAAAACAGGAAUAAAGGCUCUGUGUAUGGGACUAUGCAGCCAUCACUGCAAACUGAAAACACUAAGGCCUCUUACUGACAAACAUGAAAUACUUAUCUGCAGGUUGAAUCAGUGCAAGCUGAAAGACAAUUGCUGUGAAGAUUUGGCUUCAGUUUUAAGAUCAGGCACAUCUAACCUGAAAAAUCUUGACCUGAGUAACAACAGUCUGAAGGAUUCUGGUGUAUAUCUGCUUACUGCUGGACUGAAGAGUCCACAUUGUAGACUGGAAACCCUCAGGCUCAGCUGGUGUGGCCUCACACAGAAAUGCUGCAAUCAUAUUGGCUCAGCUCUCAGCUCUGAGUCUUCCCACCUCAGAGAGCUGGACCUGGGUGGAAACAACCUGCAGGGUCCAGGCAUACAGCUGCUGUGUGCUGGACUGAGUAGUCCACACUGUAAACUGGAGACAUUGAGGUUAAAUGAAGGCAAUCUCCAGAAAUGCUGCGCUGAUUUUGUCUCAGUCCUUGACUCUGACACCUCUUACCUGAAAGAGCUUGAUUUGAGUGGGAAUGACCUGCAAGACUCAGAGGUGAAGCGGCUCUCUGCAGGACUAGCAAGUCCACACUGCAAACUGGAGACGUUAAGGCUGAUGUUCUGCGGUGUCACUGAGGAAGGCUGCACUUAUUUGGCUUCAGCGCUGAACUCCAACCCAUCCUAUCUGAGGCAACUGGACCUCAGCUACAACUACUUGCAGGACUCUGGAGUGAGGCUGAUCUCUGUUCAUCUGGAUAACCCGCUGAGUAAACUAGAAAAACUCAGUGUGGACCAUAAUGCAGAGUGCUAUUUGACAUCAACACUGAAAAACUAUGCAUGUACACUGACGUUUGACGUGAACACAGCUGCCAAGUCUCUCUUCCUGUACGACGGGGGAAAGCAGGUGACAUGGGUCAGAGAGAGACAGCAGUACCCAGAUCAUCCUGAGAGGUUUGAGAGUGUUUCCCAAGUGCUCUGUCACCAAAACCUCACCCAACGCCACUACUGGGAGGUGGAGUGGAGAGGACGCUGGGUGGAUGUCGCCGUGACAAUGAGGGGGAUUCGUCGAAGGGCGAGCUCUCACCUCUGUGGGUUUGGCUACACAGACCAGUCCUGGAGUCUGUACUGCUCUGAGGAUCACUACAGAGCUCAGCAUGACCACCAGUCUGUGGAGAUACCAGCACCUCUGUCUCGUUCCCACAGGGUCGGAGUCUAUCUGGACUGGCCAGGUGGCAUCCUGUCCUUCUACAGCGUCUCCUCUGGGACCCUGAGUCACCUUCACACAUUCUACAGCACUUUCAAUGAGCCCCUCUAUGCCGGGUUUGGGAUGGAGGAGGAUGACUGCUCUGUAAUUAUUUGUACAGAGGAGGACACGCCACAUCUCACUUCUCAUUCAGCCAGUGCUGAAAGAAUUCAAGAAUUUUAAAAGCAGGCAACAUGGGAAAUAAUUGAAUUUCUUAUGAAAGAAAUGGUGUUUUUAUGCUCAGAGAGUGGCAGCAAUGCUGGAGAAUGAUAUGUCGUCAAUAGAAAAAUAUUUUGUAGUUGUUAAAAUCUAAGACAAAAUGAUCAAAUGUAGUGUAUAAAAACAUAGACACUGUAAAAAGGGUUCAUGUAAAUUUGGUAGCAUCCAGCCAACUGUAAACUUUCAGCUAUAAUAUGUUAAAGUGCUGAUAAAGAUGACACAUUCUAGAAAACAAAGUGAACAGAAGAGCAAGUGUAUUUUUUGGUUAUUGUUUGGUUUAAUACCUUUAAAGUAUACUAUAUGGUUGGAUCUUAGUCCUUCAAUAUUCACAAAACUAACUAACCCUAACUCAAUGGUUGGACUCAGUUUUAUUAAAUACUGUAGGAGUCUGGGGUUUUGAGGUUUCCCUUGACAGUAAUGCUAUUCAGAGCCAUGAGAUGUUUUCUUGUAGUGUAUAAAUUUACUGCUAAGCAAGCAAUUAAAGACGAUUUGGGAGGGGAGCCAUUUCCCGUGACGCAAAGGUUGUGAAAUUGCCUUGUUUGAUUGCGACAGGACAGACUGACAAAAAAGAUCUUGAACUGUGUGAACUGUCUGUGAACACAAUCAUCCUGGAUUGCGAGAGGUCACAACAGGAUUUUCCAUUGGUGAUCUCCUUAGGAAUAACUUGAAAUGUAACAUAAAUUAAAUUUGUAAGAAGAAGAAUUAUACUUUCAGAGAAUGCAAAGGUCUCUUUGUGCUCAGUGAAGACUGAUACUUUACCACUAGCAAUUAAGGUAGGCAGAUAUAAAAGCAUUCCCAAAGAGCAACCUUUGUGUGUGUUUUUUGUGAUCUUGGGGUUGUUGAGGAUGAAUUUCAGUGUGUAUUCCGCUGCCCUCCAUGUACUGACUGAACGAAAUAAAGAAUUUGUUUGACAAGA